AAGGGAAAGGAGUGAGAAGAGAGACAGACGUCGGCAGGAGAUCUACAUUGCGAGUCGCUGACCUCUUUUUUUGCUUCUCCGAGCAACCGAGAGGAGAAGGAAGAAGAGUUUCCAAAAGAAGAGAGGAGGGGGAGAGGACAGAAGGCGGGAGGAACGCAAGGCAGCGAUGGACAACGGAGCUCCUCGGUCUGAGCCCUCAACGGCCCGCCGGACCGUCACGUUGGCGCCGGCGGCGUCUGACCGACGGCCACGCUAGGCCGCUCGCCGCCUUCAGGCUUUCAGGAGGAGACGGAUCGGCUUGCGAAGGCACAUUCAACAGGUUCGGGUGCACAAUUGAACACUUUGGCCACUGUCGCUCAUCGACAGUCUGCCAUGAGAGGCUAAACUGAGCGCCAGUGUGUUUGAGCAGCCAUGCUUCCUGGGUAUGGACUCUCUCCGUUUCCUGAUUUCCAGCCCCACCAUCACACUUUGCACUGCAGAGGAGACUGUCCCAGCAUGUGGCUCGCCAGCCCGGCUGAGUCGGCGGCUGUGAUCGCUGGCCCCCAGGACGAUGAGCCUCUCCCCCGCCCGUGUCACCACAAACAUGUGGCCGUGUGCCAGCAAGAGACGUUGGCCUUCAUCGAUUGUCAGUCACCGGCAAAUUCUAAGCUAAAUGGGCACACCUCUCCUUCUGACCAACAAUGCGGCACGUAUGCCCCACUCCUCGACACUUUGAAGCACUCGCAGAGUGAACUUACUGACUGUGCCAAAAGUUACCACGGAGCGGCCAAGGAGGAUGAACCGUUGACUUCAAACUCUUGUCGUACUAGUAAGGCCGACAUUGAAAGCCAAAGUGGUCGUAGGACGUCUUCACUGGAACAGACUGAUGGAGGAGCACCAAGUUUCACAUCAGGGUAUCGUCCUGACUGUGUACCUAGUCUCCCUUUGUCCUUCCCGCUGUCCUCACUCUACACAAACAUAGACUCCUGGGACUCUCAGAUACUUUGCUCUCCAUCCCCACCCGAAGGGCCGGAGUUUCAGAGCUUGGACUACCAACCGCAGAGGCGAACAUCCCAAGGUUCGCUUAAAGAGAAGUCCAUCCGCCGUAGGAUUCAGGUUUAUUCUUCAGACAGCCUCAGUGACGACUCUCUCAGCAGUCCCGUCCUGGAUGCAGACUUCCUCUCUCCUGAAACCUGUGCAUCUCUCCUGGAGGAGGAUCUCAGUGGACAAUCCUCACAAGAGACCAACGCCAGUCCUUUGUCUACAGAUGUUAUUCCGGACCUUCAGAACCUCAGUCCGGAUGAUAUUCCCUAUCUACCUACAGAACGGCUGCAGAUUUUUGAGGACUCGCUACCGGGUGUGAGAGAAGACAGUCUGUACACGUCAACGAUGGCAACGGGGGGCAGCAUUGUGCCACGCAGUCGCCAAGAAGACCAAGAGCGGCGGCGUUUCUCUGCCUCAGAACUGAUUUCCAGACUCCAGCUGUCCCAAAGAAAGAAUUCCUUCACCUUGAAGCUGGGAAAGUCACUGUCGGCCCGAGUCGCCUCCAGGGACCGACAGGGUUCAAGCAGUUUGAGUCCAGACAAUAAGUCCAACACAAAGCAACGCAGCUCAGGAGGCUCCAGUGACAGCGCCCCCCACAGUCCUGUAGGUCCUGCACCACCGCUGCCCAGCAGUGACAGUGGAGUGCCAACGCAUUGGUGGAGCAGCAAACUUGGAAUGCGGAAGAGGUCGAUUGAGGAAGACUUGUUCACACUGCCCACUGUCGCUCGUUCCAAUCGCUUAUCAAGGUUCUUGCCGAGUUCCAUCCUGUAUCAAGAAUACAGCGAUGUCGCCAUUAACAGAGAGAUCCGAAGACAACGGGGCAAAGGCACUGAGGAGGAGGGCCCCCGGGACGAGGGUUCCGACGGGACCCCGUCUCCGUCCAGUCUGUCUCCGUCCAGCUCCUUUUGCUCCUCACGAGGGUCCGCUUUUGCCCUGUGGCAGGACAUCCCGGACGUGCGCUCCAGUGGUCAGCUGGACAACUUCAGCAACGAGCAGAGAAAAUUACAGGAGGCCAAGUUUGAGCUGGUGACGUCCGAGGCCUCGUACAUCCGAAGUUUGACGAUCGCCGUGGAUCACUUCAUGUUGUCGCAGGAGCUCUCCGAAUGUCUCGGAGCUCAGGACAAGCAGUGGCUCUUCUCCAAGCUGCCCGAAGUCAAAGAUGUCAGCGAGAGGUUCCUUCAGGACUUGGAGCACAGGCUGGAGGAAGACAUCCUGCGUUUUGACGUGUGUGACAUCAUUCUGAAUCACUGCCCGGCCCUGCGCAGGGUCUACUUACCUUACGUAACCAACCAGGCUUACCAAGAGCAGACCUAUCAGCGGCUCCUGCAGGACAAAGCUCGUUUUCCCGCCGCCUUGACCCGUCUGGAGGAGGACAGCGUCUGCCAACGACUGCCUCUGUCCUCAUUUCUCAUCCUUCCAUUCCAGAGGAUCACUCGGCUGAAAAUGCUGGUGGAGAACAUCCUAAAGAGGACCACCCCAGGAUCCAGAGAUGAGGACACUGCGACGAAGGCUUUCAAUGAGCUAAAAAAGAUCAUAAAAGAGUGCAACUCUAGCGUGCAGUCCAUGAAAAGGAUGGAGGAACUCAUCCACCUGAAUAAGAAAAUUCAUUUUGAGGGCAAGAUAUUUCCUCUGAUUUCUCAGUCUCGUUGGCUGGUGAAGCACGGUGAACUUCUGGAGGUGGACACGCAGACCAUGAGUAUUUCUGGAUCCAAGUUCAAGUUGCCCACCAAGCCGGUGUACUUGCACUUGUUUAACGACUGCCUCCUGCUGUCCAGGAGGAAAGACACAUGGAAGUUCUUGGUGUUUGUCCACGCCAAAAUAGGAGAGCUAAAAGUGAAAGAUUUGAGUCAGAAGCUGAAGGGAAUCUCGGGCUUCAUCUUCCACCUUCAGUUGUGUGACGGACAACAGCUCAAACAUCAGAUCCUGCUCAAAUCGAACACUGAGAGCGGGAAGCAGCGAUGGAUUGCAGCCAUGUUUCUAUCCAAUCCUCGCGAAGACAUCGAGCAAGCCAGUGAGAACGAUGACAUAUCUCAGGUCCAGUGCAUUAGAAGCUAUCAGGCACAAGAGCAUGAUGAGUUAACGCUGGAGAAGGCGGACAUUCUUCAUGCCAAGACCAUCACCAGCGACGGGUGGGUGGAAGGCAUCCGGCUGUCAGACGGGGAACGCGGCUGGUUCCCCAAAUCCUACGUGGAGGAAAUCACGAGUCGCAGUGCGCGUCUCCGCAACCUUCGAGAAAAUAUUCGCAUCAAAUGUGUCACGCAAAAACUCGGAGAGGACUAGCCUGCAUUUGUUUUCCUGGAACGUCUUGGAUGGCGGAUGUUGACCCCACCGGGAGGCAAUUGUGGAGGGCAGUGCAAGUUUUCUGCUGUUGCGUGCUGCACAUGCAAAUCUGAACUGAUCGAAUAUAACAAAGCUCUUAACACUUCUUUAUGCGAGAUGAGUACAAUAUAAAAGUUUGUCACUUAAGGGCCACACAGGACUGGAAAGGUGCAAAUCGAAAAUACCAUUUGUGUUUGGAUCCUUGCGCAGCACAGAUUCCAUCCCUCCACAAAGUUUUAAUUGGUUGUUGAGUGGCCGACUGGUUAGCACAUCUGCCUCACAGUUCUGAGGACCGGGGUUCAAAUCCCGGCCUCGCCUGUGUGGAGUUUGCAUGUUUCCUCCCACAACCCAAAAACACGCACGGUACGUUGACUGAAGACUCUAAAUUGCCCGUCGGUGUGAGUGUGAGUGCGAAUGGUUGUUUGUUUAUAUGUGCCCUGCGAUUGGCUGGCGACCAGUUCAGGGUGUACCCCGCCGCUCGCCCGAAGGUAGCUGGGAUGGGCUCCAACACGCCCGCAACCUGCGUGGGGAGAAGCGGUAAAGAAAAUGGAUGGUUGUUGAGUUUUUAUGUUUCAAUCAUGCUAAUAGACAACAACAACAAAAACAAUAAUACCUCGCGCUAAUAGUAAUAGAUUCACAUCUAUCGUGUUGUCCUGUGUCUUAAAUCUCAUAGCUCACUGACAGCAGUCAAAUGUAAUUUGCCUUUUCUUUAUUCAAUUUGUAUGUAAGAGGAAAUGAGCUGAAAAGUUCAGCAACAAAAGCAAGACAUUUUUGAGCAACUUACUACAUAGCUGUAUACCGUUCAGAUUGUCCAGUAAACAACAUUUUUCUCCAAAUGUUUUCUUUUUACUGUGAUCCACUUUUUAACAUCAAGAUUUUCUGUUUUUUUUUUUUUUUCCCACUUGUUUUCUUCCAUGGUUGUUUGCAAUUUAAAUGCAUAGUUAUACCUCUUCAGGUGCUUUUCGCCUUAUGUAAAUGUUUGUGGCGACAUGAUUUGAUGCAUUUAUUUAAAUUUACGUGAACAAAAUAUGGUUUGCAACUUUGCAUCACUGUAGUCUGAUCGCACACGUUGUAUGAAGCUGGAUGUCUGCACACUACUGUAACCCGAGGAAAUAAAUUGG